GCGCGCCCUGAUAGUAUGGGUGUCGACGAGAUAUUCAGUGACAAUAAAACCUUCUUCACAUCAUUUUUAGACACAAGACGCGGCGUGGAAUAUGAUCAUCGACUUCGCGACCUCGCUAAGACAGCUGAUGGCAAAGCUUCUCAGCGGUUACUUUUAAGCGUGAGCGAUAUUAGGCAGUUUGACCCUGAUCUAGCAGCUCGACUGCUGCGGCAGCCAUUGCAAUUUCUUGCUCCAUGGACCGAGGUUAUUACUGAACGCUUGCACCAGUAUAUACAUCUGAGAGCAAGAACCAGUGAAACUAGCAAUUCAGUCGAUGUGCGAGCAAACAUUGGUUUUGUUGGAGCAUUUGGCUCACACCAAAUAUCCCCACGUGGGUUACGAGCAUGCCAACUGGGUGCGCUCGUGUGUGUGGAGGGUGUUGUGACACGAUGCUCGCUGUCUCAGCCUAAAGUGGUGCGUUCUGUGCACUGGUGUGCAGCAACACAACAGCACACAAUCCGCGAAUAUCGUGACUCCACCGCACUCGAUCUGGGUGCUAUACCGCCUAUUGCCGGCGGAAAAAACAAUGAAAAAUUGCCUCGGGAUACCGCGUCAUAUCCGACUUGCGAUGUUGAGGGCAACGUGCUUGAAACUGAGUUUGGACUUAGUAUGUACAAGGAUCAUCAGUGCGUCACGAUCCAAGAGUCACCUGAGCGAGCCCCGCUUGGACAGCUUCCACGCUCGGUGGACGCUUUCCUUGAUGAUGACCUUGUUGACUCUGUCAAACCGGGAGACCGUGUGCGAUGUGCUGGCGUCUAUCGUGCACUUGCUCAUAGCAGUUCGAUUCCAUCGGGUGUCUUUCGCACUGUAAUCCUUGCUAACUCUCUUGCCACCGAUGGUCACGAUAAUACAAGUAUGGCCCUAACCUCGAGAGAUGUGGCCAAUGUUAGGGCAGUUACAGAUCUUGUAACCACGCCCUCGGGAUUUGGUUGCAUGUUGCGUGCGCUUGGCUCUGCUUUUGCGCCAUCGAUAUACGGCCAUGAUGUCAUUAAGCGAGCUUUGAUCUUACAGCUGGUUGGGGGAACUGAGAAAAUGCUUAAAAAUGGUUCCCGACUUCGAGGAGAUAUAAAUUUGCUACUCGUUGGUGAUCCAUCGACAGCAAAGAGCCAAUUACUGCGCGCAGCCAUGCGUGUUGCACCUCUGGCCGUCAGUACAACUGGUCGUGGCUCUUCUGGUGUCGGAUUGACAGCAGCUAUUGCUCAUGACCCUGAGACUGGUGAUCGACGCCUAGAAGCUGGAGCCGUGGUCCUCGCCGAUCGUGGUAUAGUUUGUAUCGAUGAGUUUGACAAGAUGUCAGCAGGUGAUCGUGUUGCGAUUCACGAGGUGAUGGAGCAGCAAACUGUUACCCUGGCGAAAGCAGGCAUUCACGCAUCCCUUAAUGCAAGAUGUGCAGUACUUGCCGCGGCAAAUCCUGUCUACGGCCAAUAUGAUACUGAUCGACGGCCCCAGGAGAACGUUGGCCUGCAUCUGCCAGACUCAUUACUUUCCCGUUUUGACUUGCUUUUUAUAGUGCUUGAUGAUAUCGAUACUGAGUCAGAUCGUCGAGUCGCUGAUCAUGUACUUGGCUCACAUAAAUACCGUCGCCCAGGCCAGGACAUGGCACCUGAGCCUCUCGACACUGAUCUGCAUCGAAAUUUUGAUGCUGUCCUAGGUGAUGACGCUGUUCAUGUUGGUCAUGACUCGGCUGAGCUCGGAGAAACACCACCAGUUCCCGAUGAAGACGAAAAAUCAUCAAUUUGGUCAUGUCUCUCACAAUGUGGUGGCAAUGACGGCGAUGGAAAAUCCGUAUCACCAUCGGUUGAUAAUGCCAUACUGCAUUCCGAUUUUGUUCGAAAAUAUGUAAAUUAUGCAAGACACCACGUUGAGCCCAAACUGGGUGAUGAGGCAAGGGAAAGCAUUGCAAAUGCUUAUGCAGACCUUCGUACCAAGGCUGAUGACCGCACUUUACCAGUAACCGCACGGUGCCUCGAGUCUCUUAUACGGAUUGCCACAGCGCAUGCGAAAGUGAGACUUUCAGCCCUAGUAGAUAGCCGUGAUUGUCAAGCUGCACUGAAAUUUCUCUCGUUCGCUCUAUAUGGCGAUAUGCAGCUUGAUGAUACUGAUGAAAAGCCCGUUAUGGUAGAAGAAUCGACUGCUAAGCGUGCACGUACCAAUCACCGGGACAGCGAGCCUCAUGUGAACGAUGGAGUGCAAAGUUUUUGUGCCGAUCAUAUCGAUCCUAGUCGCUUUAAGAUCAUGCUUGAUGCAUAUAGCCACCUAGCAUCGAUGCAUCAAGUACAAGAAAAAAUUCAUGUAAUGGAACUUUUAACAAUUGCUAACUCACUAAUCUCAGAACAAGAUAAUGCGUUUGAACUUGUUGAACUCGAAGUGAUCCUACGAAAACUUCAGACUGAGAACCGACUCAUGUAUGAUGAAACAAAUCGUGAUAUACAUUUCCUGUGAUGUGACACUUGGCGAGCGCUUUGUAUUGGAUAUAUCGUUUUAGUCGUAUCCCGGGUCCCACAUGUUCGCAUCCAGAUAUGAGCUGCAUAUGCGGCAGCCAAAGAUUUAUGCAAAUAAUCAACUGAGCCCCAGAGCCUUAGAGCAGAAGUCUAUCACGCCGGGGUGUGCGAUUUCUUCUCUUGCAUUAAAUUGGAAGUUAUCCAAGAUGCAAAAAUAAAUAAGAACAAAGCACCCAAAUUUCCCGCCCUGAGAAACUCAAGACCGCUGCUUGUGCGCCUUUGCGCCAGACCCAAUGGGCGCUACCGAGUGCGCGAGAUUUGACUCAGGCCCAAUUAGAGUCCCUGCUGCGAGAGCCCCUGAACAUCCAGGCGCUUCUGGCCACCCAUGCACUUUCGCGUGCGUCAGAGUGCGUCAGGUCGCCAACCAGGACCCGGUAUCCGCCUUGCCCCCGACAAACCAGCAACCUGGACAUGAGAAACCCAAUGGGACUUGGCGGCGCUUAAGGUGCCUCAUGCCUCAAACGCGGGAAAUUCGAUGCCUGCCCGGGGCCCCGGAGCCCGCGGAAAAUACGACGCUUUCUAGUUUGAACCCCACCCCCGGGGGGGGGGCUGGCUGAUUAAAGCCCCCAGCGCCGGCGUGGCGAAGCCGCUGCGGCACGACAAGUCUAGCCAGCUAGACUCCAAACAGCACCAGAGCGACCCCGAGGCGGCGUAGGCCGCUCCAUUAGGGCCAUAGGGGCUGGGGGGGGGGCUAAACGUGGGUGGCU